AUGGAUUGUCUAGGUGUUCCUAUUGAUCAUCGACUGCGGUGGGUGAUUCAUAAGGCAAGACGUAUGGAUAGGGGCAAGAAAAAUUCCGACCAUAUCCAGCUUCUUCGUCGACAAGAGAGCUACCCGAUAUGUGACCUGAGCUUCGGACUUGAAAUGGCGCGACCGGAAUUGAAGGGUGGUGUUCUUAUCGUACUGGAACGGCCUCAUUCGAAACAGGAAAAUUCGGACGGCUUUAUGGAAGGCAAACGCAACUGCCGAACCAUUAAUGCAGUCUCCGAUCUUAUCUCUGCUGUAGACAAUUAUAAGUUGGGUUUUGACGAUGUCAGCCUAUUUGAUGCAAUACCUUUUCUAGAUGAGACAGUCGCGGGGAAAGAUCACCGGUAUAUCAUCGAUGAAGAAGCACACAAUGUUCUCGCCGAUAUGGUUAAAGCUAAAGAGCCUGAUAUCAUUUUAUGCUGCUUCACAACCGAGAGUCAAAGCCCUCCUGUCAGAAAGCUUCAGAGCCGAGGAGUAGGGCAGAUACUCUACCAUGAUGACCAAAAGCUCACCGGAUUUGGUCUUUUGUCUACCCUUGUGAUUGCAUUUCACCCAAAUUACGCUAUUGACUAUUAUCCAUUAUCCUCUUACUUCAAGCAGUUCCUGGCUCUAGAGUUUACGAAGGCAUUUUUUUUUCUUUUGGAGGCAGAGCUGGACUGA